CAUGACUAGUAACGAUAAAAGUAGUAUACCUUGGACAAAGGGGAAUGUUGGGGAUUCGAACUUAAUCAGAACAUCCUCUUUGGAUCCGGAUUAUAUAAGACAGAAUCUAAACUUGAUUAAUACUCCAGUUAAGUUACUUUUUGAAAAAGACGUCAACUCCAUCACUCUUGAUUGGAGCCAGGAUGAAGUGAUGAAUGAACGAAGAUUGGUUCAGUUUAACUUUAAUCGGAUUUCGCCAACGGAUUUCUGGGUGGAGUUCAAUCCAAUCGCAAAGAAGAACUAUACGCCAGAGAUUCCCAUCAUCUCGUGCAUCUAUUGGAAAGAAAAAGAUAUUCAUAUAGUGACUAGUGUCGACAUCAUCUUGAUUUUGGAAUACUUGGUGCAAGAAAGUUUUUCUAUUGAAGAGAAGAACCGGAUUCGUCGUAAUUUGCAAAGCUUGAAACCAUACACCAUCUCAAGAACAAAUGCGAGUCUGCAAAGGUUUUUCAAUCUACUUAUGAGUAUGGAGGAUCCCAGACCUAGAAAUAUCGAAAAAGAUUUGAAAGUAUUCAAAUGGUCAGACUUGUUUGUUGCUUUAAAUAAGGUUAUUCUGAAGUAUUCUUCAAAUAUCCAUUCCUAUAAUUCUGCUCCCAAAACAACCCCCCAUUAUAAUUCAAACUCAACUUCUCCCAUGCUUAAUCAUCAUAAUAGAAAACUGUCCGAUCCCGGUAGCUCAGAUAUUCUUUCUUUAACCUGUCCUCCUAAAAAUAAUUCAUCAACUCACCAUUCUCAGUUUAAUAACUUAUCCAAUCCAAACUUAUCAAUCUUGGGGAUUAACGGAGGUUCAAUCAAUAAAAAUCGUCGUUAUUCAGCAGAUUUAACUUGUUCUCCAAAUAAACAAUUUAAUAAUCAUCUUUAUGCAAAAGAUGAUAUCAUUACCAAUCCAAAUCACUUCCAACCCCCUCCAAAACAUCACCAAUCGUUACCUCCUUCCUCAGCAACUCCCUCCUUUUUACCUUAUGAAAGAUUGAAGGUUUUGAAAAGAAGAAUGAAUCAGUCAAAUAACUCAAACCAAUUAUCCAUCAAUAAUCGUAAUAAUCGCAUCUUUCAACACGCUCUCAAACCAGCAGAUCCAGUCCCUUUAAAUACUAAUACCUCCAACAAUAACACCCCGAAUGGAGGAGGCAGCUCCAGCGCCACCAUCACCGACGAAUCAAACUCCUCGCCAGAUGACUUGGAUAAAAUCUCAAACGAUCGGGACUCCAAUGACUCCUCUGCUAACGAAUUAUCUAAUGAAAAAUCAGGUUUUGCUGCAGUAGCUGCUGAACAGAAAAAAUCCCCCAACAACGAUUCUGAACUGGCUUCUGCUCCCGAAUCAACGGAAAUCUUGGAACUGAACUCAACCCAAGGCACUCCUAAUAGUAACGACGAAAAUGCCACCGGCUCAAGAUCAAAUGGAGAUAGCGGUGGUGCUUCAUUAUCAGGAUCGGGGAUUUCUGGCUCUGGUUCUGGUUCUGGUAGUAGUGGUUCCAACUUGAUGAGUAGUAACACGGGAUUAUCUUCAAAUGUCUUUAGUUCAAAUGAUCAAAACUCUUCCACUCAACCUUCCUCAAAUACCUCCGGUGGUAAUAGUGCCGGUAGUUAUAUUCGUCAUGGUGCUUUGAAUAAAAUACAAAAUCAAGUUCCUCCUUCUCAUCCUCCUCAACAAAUUAAAGAAUUAGAUGAAGGAGUUAAUAAAAAUUCAAUUGAAACAAAUAAAGAUUCGGAUAAUGUUAAUAAUUUCACUAAAGAUCAAAGUCAUCGCAUGUUUGGUUCUUCGAAAACUGAAGACCCAACUCCAGUCAUUCAUCCAAAUCAAUAUUAUCAAUACCCAACCCAAUCUCAAUUAUACCAUUCCAAAAAUGUUAAAGGUAAUAACACUCCUCCUUUAUCAAAGAAAAAUGUCGAGAUUCACGAUGCUGAGUUACAACACCAACCUCCAGUCAAUUCAAGAGCAGCCCGUUUAUCAAGAUUGGAAACAACUGCCCAACCUCCUCCUCCAAUUCAAUCCUUGGACCCGUUACCUUCUUUGAAAGAUAACAUCGAUAAUAUCAAUUCUUUCGAUAAUCGUCAUCAGAAAAAGGAAUCGGGUAUCCAAUUACCUCCAAUCACUCCCUCUUUACAAUCCAACUUCCCCUUACCCAGUGUUAAACAAGUUGCAGGCUAUCUGAUGAAUGCUGAUGGUUCAAACUUGUUCCCCAUUUCGAAAAACAUCAAACAACCGAAUCCUGAAGAGGAUAAAACUUAACGCAAUUAAUGUAAUAUAGUCUUUCAUUUAAUAUUUAAUACUCUUAAUACUCUUAUUAUCUUUUUAUUUAUUACUUUUUUUUAUUUUUUCUUUUUUUGCAUUCAAAUCUUAUGUAUAUUAGUGUGUUAUGAUAAAAAUUUGGC